AUAAAAAGACAAUUUUUAUUUUUAAAAAUAUUCACAUGAAAUCAUCAUGAAUUUAUAAUACAAGUUAAUAAUUGUCUAAACAUAUCAGUUCAUUUUAAACGGUUACUUUUUAAAAAUACAUUUUGUCAUUUGGUGAAGUAAGAGUUACUUGUUGCUCUAUUACAAUGUCAACAGAUGGAAAACACGAGAUUCGUAACUCAAUGAUUAUUUUAUUAUCUCUCUUCACAGUUUUACAUUAAUUAUGUUUCUCACUAUUUUUAUCAUGUUAACCUAUCAAUGUUCAUAUUUUGUCCAGUCGCAAACCUCAUGUACUCCAAUCGCCGUUCAAUAUAUAGUCUAUGAAGGUAAUCGAGGAUUAAUCAUUUUAGUUGGAAAAACAACUGCAAGUUCUUCCAAUCAGGCCUAUUUGAUUACUAAACCCGUUGAUUUUUUUCAUCCAUUUAGAUAUAAAUCAACCUACAAAGGCCAAAAUGUUCCUUUCGAGGGAUUUAUUCCUGAUGUUAACGUAGCCUUUUAUCUGUCUAAUAAUGGCUAUUGGGGCUUUAAAUCUUUCAGUCAAAUAAAACAUUGGACAUCAUUUGCAGAUUUGACCGCGGAACCAAUACUUCUCACUCAACCCGAUUCAACACCAGUGGCCCAAUUUAAUCCAUCAAAUCAAUACAAUGGUGCUAUAUUCAAGGCAACCUUUACAGUUCCCUAUAAAGGCAAUUACUCUUAUUGUGCUUCAAUGAUCCAAGAUGGAAAGCCAUUGUUGAAAUGUUUUGAUCCAAAGGGUGCAACUGUCCAUCAAAGCAAUGUUGGUCCCAUUGAUGCUAUUGAUUUAUUUGAAUGGGAUGGCGAUAAUUUACUUGGUGUUUACUUCCAAAAUUUCGUUACAUCUCCAGUUGGUAACAAAUUUUAUUGGUACAGAUUUUUCAGAAUUAAACAUGAAAAGAAAUACAUCUCAUUCAAUCACGUUGGACCAUGGUUUCAUAGAGCUGAACCUUUUCAUGGUUGUUAUCUUUCCUUGUGUCUUGGUUAUGAGCUGGAGAUUGCAUUUAAAAAAAACAACAGCCUACAUUUGGGCAACAAACAACAAUUCAUAAUUACAUCUGAUUGGUCUUUUGCCCAUGCUGAUUCUAAACCGGCAGUUAAUGAGUUAUGGACUCAAAAAGAGUCGAUAGCAGUGUUAAAUGAAAAUCUUUGGUAUUAUCAGGAUGGUGCUCUCAAGCUGUUGACAGGCCCUGGAACAAAGUUGGAACCUUACAUGCAGUACGAUCUAGAGCAACAUUUCGGGCAAGGCUACGCUGAUGCUGCUUUUACCUGGACCAAUGGUAAUAUCACCAGAGUUUAUUUUUUAAAAGAUUCACUUUAUUUAACCCUUUUGUAUGAUAAUAAUACUAGUUCAGAGAGUCUUUUCAGUUUUGACCAAGACUGGCAUUUUCCGCAUUAUUCGUUGACUAAUAGGUUGGAUAGUAAAAUUCACUUGAUUUCUGACUUCAAUACAUUUCGCUAUCUUGAUUCAGCUGUUGAGUAUUCAGAUCAAUCAAUACUAUUUUUCUAUGGACAUUAUUUUAUGAAUAUUACCAAUUGGAGCGAGGAUGGUCGUCCUGUUCCUGGUGAAUAUCCAAUUUACUUGAUUGCUGAAAAACUUUUAAAUUGUUCUGGUCCGGAUUUUGAUUGGCAAGGAACUCCAUAUAGUAAUUUUCAAAACAUGGUUGCAAUUUAUCGCAAUGUGUCAUUACCUAAACGUUACGUGAUACCUCCAGACAAAAAUUUAGCCAGACUCUUUACUUUUCUCGAAAUUGUAAUUGUGAGUGUUGUCUUUAUCACAUUCCAAAUGUCAACUUGUGCACUGAUUUUUGGCGGAUGUUUCAGAAGAAGAAAGCAUUCACAAGCGGUAAAGGAGAAAGAAUUUGAUUUUAAUGAAACUACAUCUGAUGAUGAAGACCCGAAACUCUCUAAAUCAAAAGAAAGGAAGAAAUGAAAAUAUCGUGCGAGGAAAAGCCCAAAUCUUACCAUGUGUUUAAUUAAGCAUGUGUUUCAAGAAAGUGCGACAUUACUCAGAAUGAGAAUGUCUGGAAUUUUUGAAGCUGAAACUACUAAAGACGAUUUAAUUUCUAAUUUAAAUAAUAUCAAGCGGAAAUCGAGCUACAGCUUCUUAAAUAUUGUAACAAAUUGUAGUUAGAUUAGAUUAAAUAAAUAAGAUAUGGUUUAUCAAACAAACAUUUAAUCAAUGGUUCUUCAACACUGACCUUUACAGGAAAAAUUAAAUGUUAAGCUUUUCCUGUAUCAUCGAUCAGAAUAUAAGUCUCCAUUAAACUAACAUUAAACUUUCUCAUAAAUCACAGCGGUCUAACUUUCUUAACAAGAUAAUUAGUAAUCCUUUAUUUGAGAAACAAUUAAUUUAUUUUUGGAAAUUAAUUUUGAUUUAUAAAUCGCUUUUUUACCAACGGAAGAGAAAAAAUUAUAAUCUAACUUUUAAAUCUUACAGCAAAGUCAGAAUUCUAUUUCAAUGAUAGAUGGCUCUCUUACCAGUCUAUCUAAUUGGUAAAAGAAAAGCUUAGUGUAUUAUUUAGCUUGCUUUCUUAUUUUCUAUUGGUUAACCAAUUGUUACAAUUAGACAAUCAACUGUUUUUGAUGUUAUUUUUCAAAUUAAGUGCAAAUGAUAGGAAAACAAUCUCUAAAGAAUAGUUGAAAUUUCCUAGUGUUUUUUUAUUACCAAGCUGGACCAAUUCUUGACUUUCUGACCGUGAUAACUCUCGUAAUUCAAAUGAGUAAUCGGACUCCUAAUAAUUCUGACAGUGUGAUUACUGGUUCAACGGUUGGAUCAGGCCAUCGAUCCAGAGUGAAAAAAGGCACCAAAAGAGCAAGUUCAUCGCCACUAUCAUCUUUUUUAGACUCUGUAAAUACUGUCUCUGUUAUUCAAUCUGUUAAUAUACCUGAACCUAUUCCUCAAUUGGUGUAUCAAGAAAAUUCUGUUGAAAAAUCAUUGACCAUGGGUGCUAAUGUAGCAACACUUCAACCAUCAUUACCAAUGCCUACGGCAGCCGAGCUGGUUUCAUCAUCAAACAUUAUUGCUAGCAAUACCAUAAAUUCCAAUUCAAGUGAACCUUCCGCUAUUAAUAGUCAAAAUUCACCUAAUCAAUCAAUCGGCCAUGAUAUUUCUUGUAUCGACUUGACUGGUGGUGAUGAUGAAAUUGAAAUUAUAACAGAGAAGAUUAGUGUUAAACCUUUCAAAAGAAGGAAACGGGACAACAAACCUACAUCUAGGCCAUCUCAAGUCAAUUCAUGUCUACCUAUACAAUCUUUACCGUCUUUACCAUUUAUUCCCUUCGCUUCUACUCAACCAAUUUAUCCACCUAGAUCAGACUCACCAAUUGUCGAUCUCGCCAAUUCACCAUCUCCAUCUACGUCAAGCAAUUCUAAGAGCAAUGUAAUCGAUGUUCUGGUUGAAAGUGUACCAAACCAAAAGAAUAUACCUGAUACCACAGGACAAGAAACAGUGCGUUUUAAAGUAGUCAAAUGUCCUAUCUGUCUUGAAGAUGAUAAUAAGAUAUUAGCCGGUGGAGGCGAAAUUGUUGUUACAAUCUGUGGUCAUGUUUAUUGUAAAUCAUGCAUUCAUCAAGCUAUCAAAACAGCUCAUUGUUGCCCCCAGUGUAGAAGAAAACUUAAUCAAAGAAAUUAUCACCGAAUUUUUUUGUAAUGCAAAAGAUCAUUUUUGUGGCAUCUCACCCAGGUUCAUGUUUUCUCUCUCUCUCUUUAUUUCUAUUUUCCCCUUUUUCCAUCUUUCGUGCUACCACAAUGAAGUUGUUUUCUUUUGUUUUUCUCUAUCUACUUAUACACGACCUCAUUUCACCAACACUCAUCUUUAAAUAUAUAUAUAUAUACAUAACAUGUCUAUAGGGUACUCUCAGAGGUUUUGACAUUUUACAAAGCCUGAUCAAAUAAAAUCAAAGUUAGAUGGCUGUCGGAUGUUCAAAAUUCUAAAUAUUUGUGACUCUGUAGAGAAAUGGGAAAAAACUCGUAAUUUUUGGCGUUUGACUAAACUGAUAAAAUGAUCUCCAGGAGUGCUGACCGAAUCCAAGAAAAUUACGGAUCUACAGCAGAAAGUUCAUUGAUUAUCAAGAUUGGUAGGCAAAAUUAAUUUCCUUUGCUGAACACUUGGCUAACACUUUUUGCCAAACUUAAAUUAUGUAAUUGUGUGUAAUCCGCUUGACACCAUUCGAUCGAUGAUCAUAAAAUGAUUUCGACAACGAUUAGAACAAAAGAAACUAUUUAAUACUAUUUCGUACAUUUUUUUAUCAUAUGCUGUAGCACAGAUCAUUUAUGUAAUUUAGAAUUAUUAAUUUGUAUCAAAAGUUGAACCAUUAUAUAGGGAAAUCAUCUUUCCAAAUGAUAAAUAUAAGAAUCAUUGAUUAGAUUUCUUUACCAUUCAGGCAUUAAAAGAAUAUUAUUCUUAUUA